AUGUAUUCGUCUUAUCUUUUCUCUAUGACGCCUUUGUUGGCCUUUUUUAGUGCGGCACAUCCUCACGAUGUUGAUGUAGCAAUCAUCGGCGGUGGUCUUUCUGGUCUCAGUGCAGCGAAAGAUCUUGUUGAAGCCGGCAAAAGCGUCGUUGUGCUCGAAGCCCGAGACCGAGUCGGUGGCCGCGUUCUGAACCAUCAGCUUCCAAACGGGGAUGUUCUUGAGAUGGGUGCUGAAUUCAUUGGGCCAACCCAGGACAGGGUCAUUGCUUUGGCCAAUGAGCUAGGGAUUUCACUCUUUCCAACCUAUGAUCAAGGUAACAAUACCUUCUAUCGCAACAACACGAGGUACAGUUACGCCGGAGAUAUUGGUGCCGGCGCUCUUCCACCCGUCAGCGAUGAAGCCCUGCUACAGUUGGUGUCUGUCAUGCAGACCAUAGACUCAAUGGCUAGCGAAUUGGAUUCUAAUGCUCCUUGGAAUCACCCCAACGCGAGGAUUUGGGAUAGUCAGACUUUUGCAUCGUGGGCAGCUCCGUUAGCACCUCAUCCGGAUGCUCAAUUCGUACUGCAACUAGCAUGGGCAAGCAUUCUUUCCACAGAAUGGAUUGAGCCAUCUUUGCUUUACACUCUUGCUUACGUGGCUGCGGCUGGAAACGAAACUACCAAGGGGAGUCUCGAAAGGCUUGUCGGUGUUCAAGGAGGAGCACAAGAGAAAAGAGUUGUCGGUGGCACGCAGCUACUUGCAACAAGGUUGGCAGAACGUCUUGGUGAGAGAGUGGUGGUUUUGAACGCCCCAGUUCGCCGUAUACAAAAGAAUGAUGACAAUAGAUAUACUGUGACUGUUGACAACCAUUCUCCCUUUACUGCUCAAGAUGUGGUUGUGGCUAUGUCUCCUCCAAUGGCCUCCCGAAUACUAUAUAAACCUCUUUUGCCACCCCACCGAGACCAACUCACCCAACGUAUGCCUAUGGGAGCCCUGGGGAAAGUGCACGCAAUCUACGACUCUCCCUUUUGGCGUCCAAUGGGUCUUAAUGGCCAAGUUCUCAGUGAUAGUGGCGCUAUCCGCAGUAUUUUUGAUAGUUCUCCACCUAAUGGUACAAUUGGUGUUCUUAUGGGGUUCAUCGAAGCCGAUGAAAUGCGUGUACUUGAUACACUAUCCGAGACCGAGAUGCAAGAUAUCAUUACCAAGGACUUGGUUCGUUAUUUCGGACCCCCAGCUGCAAACGUCACUUCUUGCGUUUUUCAGCGCUGGGACCUAGAGGAAUUUUCUCGCGGGGCUCCUGUGGCAUACGCGCCUCCGGGCUUGCUCACGCAGUACGGUCCGGCUCUGAAGACUUCAGUAGGGGGGAUCCAUUUUGCUGGCACUGAGACAGCAGAAUUCUGGACCGGGUAUAUGGAUGGGGCUGUAAGAUCAGGCGAGCGUGUAGCGAAGGAAAUUUUGGAUAUAGGUGCCUAG